AUGGGUUGCGGAGGAUCGAAAGACGCCCAGCGAGAGGCAGACUACCAGGCGGCCGUCAAGGAGCGCCAGAGGGAGGAGGAAAAGGUCGUCGCGAGGCGCGACAUCAAGCUCUUGCUCCUCGGAACCGGUGAAUCUGGAAAGUCAACUAUUCUGAAGCAGAUGCGAUUGCACCACGUCGGAGGAUACACAGAUGAGGAGCGGGAUGGGUACCGAGAGAUCGUCUACGCCAACUUGAUCCAAUCGAUGCAAGUCGUCAUCGAAGCCCUCCACGACCUGAACAUGCCCCUCCCGCCCUCCCUCCGCGACAAGGCCGCCUACAUCAUGUCUGUCCGAAUCUCGGCGCACGACCCUUGCCCGCCUAUGCUCGAUCCGAUGGUCACCAAGGCGCUUGUCGCGUUGUGGGCCGACCCGACGACCAAGGCGUGCGUGAGCAAGAGCAGGGAGUUCCAGCUGAACGACUCGGCUAGCUAUUACUUCGACGCCGCGGAGCGGAUAGGCGCUCCCAACUAUGUCCCGACCGACCAAGACAUCCUCCGAUCGCGUGUCAAGACGACUGGCUUGACUGAGGAGCGAUUCCAGGUCGGACAGCUCAACUAUGUCGUAUUCGAUGUCGGUGGCCAGCGGAGUGAGCGGAAGAAGUGGAUCCACUGCUUCGAGAACGUCAAUGUUCUCAUCUUCCUUGUCGCCAUUUCGGAGUACGACCAGACGCUCUACGAAGACUCGGACAUCAACCGCAUGAACGAGGCUGCUGGCUUGUUCGAGUCGAUCUCGAACAGUCGCUGGUUCGCGCAGUCGAGCGUAAUUUUGUUCCUCAACAAGACCGACUUGUUCAAGGCCAAGCUCAUCACGUCGCCCAUCUACGAGUACUACUCGGACUAUGAGGGACCGUCCGAUUACCCGACCGGCUGCGCCUACAUGGAGAGCAAGUUCCGCCCGCUGUACCGCAACGAGGCUGCACGACCUCUGAUCGUCCACUUUACCUGCGCUACCGACACGGAGCAGCUCAAGGUUGUGUUUGCGGCGGUCGAGGAGAGUAUCCUCAAGGCGGCGAUGGAGGACCUCGGCAUCCUGUAA